UAAAUAGGUUAUUGCAAUUCUUCGACUAAACCACGUGAGUACUGUUUCUAUUUCACCGGAAUAUGGUCCAAUUUAUUUUAUGAAUUUCGGAUCGAUUACGACGUGAUAUUGCUAAGACGACAACAUAAAACUCUAAACGCCUCGAACAUCACGAGAACAUGGAGCAGACUUUGAAAAAACUCCUCGCAAAUGAUAAAUGUUUGAUACAUGAAGGCACAAAAGAAUUGAAGCAGAUUUUAUCACAUCCCGAUUGUGUCGGUCUGCUAUGCAACGUCUUAAGUACAAGUCAAGACUAUGAACUUAGACAAUACGCAGCAGUCAUAUUAAAAAGGAGAUUUUCAAAAUCUGCAAAUUGGAAUCAGUUGUCCAAUGAAGCAAAAUCAGGGAUAAAAACUGGGCUUUUGCAACAGCUCAUUGCCGAACCGGAAAAGCUAGUGAAAAAUUAUAUCGCCCAGAUUAUUUCUAUUAUUUUAAAACAUGAAAUGGCUGCUGAAGUCGGAUGGCCUGAUCUGGUACAGUUUUUACAUCAGUCGAUGACAUCGCAAAGUAUGGAUGACAAGGAGCUAGGAUUCUAUUCAUUAAGUGUGUUGCUUGAGACUUCUCCCAAUGAAUUUCUUAGUGAUGCCAAACAGUUUUUCACGCUCUUUGUGGAAACGAUGAAAACACUCGAAGACAAAUCGUGCCCAGUUGCUUAUUUUGUUGUGCUUUGCAUGAUUCAUUUUAGUUCUGCAGUUUCAGGAAACAAAGAGAUCACUAACAAAUUUGUGGAACUCCUUCCGUUUGUACUUCAAACUGUCCAAGAGCUUGCGACAGCGAGACCUUAUCGUGCGCUCGAUGCUUUGGAUUUUUUUUACGAGUAUUCUGAAAAAGAGGAGAUUAGAAUACUCCUUCCGCAUUUCAAAGAUAUUAUAACUCUGUGCCUAUUGAUUGCAGAAGAUCAGAACAAAAUCGAAGAUUUGAGAAUAAAAUCUUUAAGCGUUAUUUCGAAUUUUAUCAAUGUCCGAGUUAAGACUAUUGUUAAAUUGGGUUUGAUUCCACAAAUAUUAUUGGUAAUUUUUAAACUAAUGUGUUCAAAACCUGAAGAUGAUGAAAAUGAAGAAUAUUUCACUUCUGAUCCUGAUGAAGAUACAUUAUUGACUUGUGCCUGUGAAGUGUUAGAUACUAUUGCUAUGAAUAUGGAUGCAAAGAAACUAAUUCACCCUGUUAUGGAAUUUGUUAAACCAGCAAUUGAAGGAACAAAUCCUUAUGAGAUUAAGGCCGGAUAUUUAGUUCUUGGGAUUAUAAGCCAAGGUUGUGAAGCUUAUAUUCGAUACAACUGCUUAGAUCAGUUUGUUAAAUGUGUUCAAGGAGGUGUUUCACAUCCGCACCCAGUCGUAAGAGGAGCCGCUCUUUUUUCAAUAGGGCAAUUCGCUGAACAUCUUCAGCCAGAAAUAAGUGUAAGUGCAAAUGAAUUGAUGCCGAUUCUAAUUUCACAAAUAUCAGAGCUAGUCGAGAGAGGUAAAUCUGGCACCAGAUUCAGUAAUAGAGUCGAUCGACUGUUUUACGCUCUAGAUAGGUUUUCCGAAAAUCUAGAAAGUGCCUUAGCACCUUAUGUACAUUCUCUUAUUAGUCAACUACUGCCUCUCUGCAAAGAUCCUUACCAUCUACAUAUUAGAGAGUUAGCAAUAUCUACCAUAGGAGCAAUCGCUGGAGCAGUCAAAGAAGAUAUUGUACCUUAUUUCCCUGAAAUAAUGAAUCACUUAAAUAUAUACCUGAUGAAACAAGCUAAUGAUGAUGAUGUUUCCUUGCAAGUAGAAGCUUUAGAUACUUUGGCAAUGCUGGCGCGUAAUGUGGGCGAACAGAUUUUCCAGCCCUUAGCGUUGGACAGUAUUAAUCUUGGUCUCAGUCUUGUCUCUUCCACCGACAAUCCGGAUAUUCGUAAAAGCAGUUACGGCCUCUUUGCUGCCGUAUCGACUGUCCUGAAAGAUUCCAUUGGCCCACUUUUACCAGGAAUUGUAGAACCUAUUAUCAAAUCCAUUCAAGACGAUGGUUAUAUUGUUCAUGAUGAUAAAAAGAACUCCGAUUUUCCUUUAAUAGAAGACUCUGAAGAUGAAAAAGAAGACGAUGAAUCAGAUGACGACAUGACCAUUGAAAAUGACUAUAUCGAAGAAAAAGAAGAAGCCUGCUUCGCAUUGAGUGAGCUUGCAACACACACUGGUAUCGCAUUUUUUCCAUAUUUACAAACUAGCUUUGAAGAGGUUUUUAAAUUGCUAACCUUUGCAAAUAGCGAUGUAAGAAGAGCAGCUUUGGAUGCCGAAUUUCAGUUUUGUAUUUCAUUUGCUAAAGUAACGGAAAGUGCAGAAAAUAAAGAUGACACAAAUUUAAUCCAAGUGACUGAAACCCUUGUGGCCAAAACUUAUGAAAUGAUUCAAAUCGACGAUGAAAUAGAUGUCCUUCUGGCUGGGUUUCAUGGAUUUCAAAAUUUACUUAAAGAGAUAGGCAGACGUCUUCAACCUAGUCAAAGCAUAAAACAAAACGUUGUCAAUUCUAUUUUGCUAGUCUUACAUGGGCAGCUUAGAGUUCAACAGUGGGAAGACUGCAGCGUCGAAUCGAACGAAGUCGCCGAGCUUUUAGAUACGGCGGCGUAUGUUCUCCCUUCCCUUAUGCAUAUCACGACUGAAGAUGAAUUUUUUUCAAUAUUUUCACAAAUUUUUCCAGUUAUUAGAAAAAGGAUCAUUGAAAAUGCAGAUGAUGACGACUCUGAUGACGGGAGAAAGGCAAAUGCUCUUGGAGUUAUCGCGGAAUGUAUGCCGGGAUUAAGCGGUAAAAUAAGUGAAUACUUACCGGUACUUCUUCCAUUUCUUAUGCACAGUAUAAAUGAUGCGGAUCCCGAUGUUAGAAAUAACGCUCUAUUCACAAUAGGCGAGAUGGCCUAUCAUGUGAAAGAUGAUAUUGUACCGCACUACGGUGCAAUACUUCGGGCCCUUUCUGAUGUGAUAGGAAAUGAAAAGAUAAGUAAAGUCAUGGAUAAUGCAUGUGGAGUUAUUGCAAGACUUAUUCUUGUCAGUGCGAAGGAUCUUCCUUUAAAACAGAUUUUACCCAGUUACAUAAAUCAAUUGCCAUUGAAAGAAGAUUUUGAAGAGGACAAAUGGAUAUUUAAGUCAUUGUGUCAUUUACUUAAACUUGAAAUAGAAGAUAUGAAACCUUUCGUUGGCGAUAUAUUUAAUGCUGCACUUGUUUCUUUGCAAAGUCAUCAUCCUGAUAACGAGACGAAAGAAGUUAUUGUUUCUUUAAUUCAAAUGGUUAAUGCAAGUUUUCCUGAUAUCGUAGCCAAUAUAGUGCAAAUACUUGGAGAAGACGCUGUGGAACUUUUAAAAAAACUUCCAUUGUAAUUGUAUAAAAUAUUUAAAAAAUGUGAUUACAAAAUAAUUAAAGCUUUAACAAUAAAAA